AUGGUAUUUGAUUUUCGAACCCAGGUGUCCGUCACGAAGCAUGUGCUAACUGCUCGUGCACAGCUUUCUUUCCACCCCACCCAUGCAGUUGGGAGAAUGCUCGCUCUUCUGGCCGGCGCGGUGCUUGCUCAGUACCCGCCUCCAAUUUCGAAUUCUUCAGAUCUAACCGUUAUCAAGUCACCUGUCAAUGACAACAUCACUAUCAGUUACAAAAGUCCUCCCAUUGGCACUUGCACAACCAUCUUCUCAACGCAGAAACAAUACACUGGCUAUGUCAGCAUACCACCAGACGAUGUCGUUUCAGCGCCCAAUGACUAUCCGAUAAACACGUUCUUUUGGUUCAUCGAGGCAAGACAAACUCCAGAAAGCGCCCCUUUGACUGUUUUCAUGAAUGGAGGGCCAGGAAGUAGUAGUAUGGUGGGUCUUUUUCAAGAGAACGGUCCUUGCGAGGUUGUCGAGAUUGCUAGAGACCGACUUGGAACUCGAGCGAGAGACUGGGGCUGGGAUCGAAGCACAAACAUUCUUUACGUCGAUCAGCCCGUCCAGGUUGGGCUGUCUUACGACACUCCUACGAAUGGAUCCCUAAAUCUCUUGGACAACCGCUUCUCUAUCCCUGCGACCAGCUUACCGCCCACACAACCAGCUUACACGUUUCUCAAUGGCACGUUCUCAUCCCAGAAUCCAAUCUUCUCGGCCAACACGUCCGCAAUUGCUGCGCAUGCCACAUGGCACUUUCUUCAGGCUUUCCUGGCCAUUUUUCCACAGUACAAUCCCGGAACCCGACAAAACAGCACCAACAGAAAUGGCAUUGUUGGAGUCAAUCUUUUCACAGAGUCUUAUGGAGGCAAGUAUGGCCCUGCCAUGGCUAAAGUCUUCGAAGAACAAAACAAUCUCCGUGCUGUCGAACCGACCGCCAAUAACUCCAUUCUGGAGAUUCACCUCGUCUCCCUAGGUAUCAUAAAUGGCUUUGUCGAUGUUUUGAUACAAGGUCCAUAUUGGCCCCGCUUUGCCUACAGAAAUAGUUACGAUAUUGACAUCUUCAGUCUACUGGAACAGCAGAAUGCGGCCAGCGCCUUCCUCGCCGCAGAUGGAUGCCAGCAAUCUACUUCAUCCUGCCGCAGCAUGGCCCAACUGCUUGACCCAGACAACCUGGGCAAUAAUCCCACUGUCAACGACAUGUGUCUUAAAGCAUAUCGGGCCUGCCAACAAGUCUUCAGAAUCUAUAGUAACAAAGGCAGAUCUGUCUAUGAUAUUGCACAGAACAACCUAGACCCAUUUCCGAACUCUUAUUACCUCGAGUACCUCAAUACACGGCCUGUUCAAGCUGCAAUCGGCGCUCGGGUAAACUAUACCCAAAGCUCAGAUAUGGUCUUCACCACCUUUCUUGGCACCGGCGACUACGUCCGAGGUGGGCAGAUUGAAGAUCUUGCCGCUUUGUUAGCAUCCGGAAUUCGAGUUGCUUUUAUUUAUGGCGAUCGGGAUUUCAUUUGCAAUUGGCCUGGCGGAGAAGCGGUAUCCUUCGCUGUUGCUGCUGCCGCUUCACAGCUGCAACCUUCGUACUCGUCCUGGUAUGGAGCUGGGUAUGCGCCAAUAGUGGCAAACAGCUCUUAUAUUGGCGGUGUGGUGCGCCAGUAUGGGAACCUGAGUUUUAGUCGUGUGUACGAUGCCGGACAUUUGGUUCCGGCCUACCAACCAGAAACCGCGUUCACAAUCUUCACGAGAAUAAUUCAAGGUGAAGAUGUCAGCACUGGUGAGCCCGUCGACCUCGGUUCUUUUGGCACACAGGGAGACACGAAUGCAACACACACCAAUUCUGCGCCAGCGAUGGCGAACCCCACCUGUUUCGUACGAGCAGUAAGAUCGACAUGUGACAGGGAUCAGCAGAAUAUGUUGGCUAAUGGCGCGGGUGUGGUCAUCAACGGUGUCUUGUACAACGCUGAGAGUGAUUGGGUAUCACCGGCUGGAAGUGCGACUUCGCUGGCUGGACAGCCAGGAACAGCACCGACAGCAAUGGUAAGUAUCAGUGACACGCCUUCGACACAGGGCAAGGUAGGUGAAGGCGCGACUACGACACGUGGGUUAGCUACAGGUGUCUACACCGCGACUACCAUUCCGACAACGAGUGCAACCACAAAGGCUGAUGCGAAACGACUUGGACUUGCUGAUAUUGCGUUGAUGGAUGACCAAAUAUCCAAGAUUGAGAUUGAGGAGUCCCGUACGUAUGUUCGCAGGUACACGCACUCCGCAACUCCGCAACAUUACAGCCAACCUGCAGAUGACAAACCAAAGGGCAAUCCUUACAGGGGGUCCACAUCGAUUGAUCAAGGAUGUGAUCUGAAAAUGGAUUGA